CAAAAGGACAAACAGCACAGGGAACAUGCACAGGCCUAACAGCACUUUUUUUUAAUUACUUCCUUUUGCCCAUUUGGCAUAAGUCUUCUACAAAUUGAUUUUUAGUGCUUAAGAGUACAGGAGACAGCUGACGGCAUAAGUCUCUGUGGAGAAAUGACUCAAAGUAUUUUUACCACCAGAGAAAAUCUGACGGGAUGCCAGACGUUUACUCUGCAAGCCCCAGGACUCUGGGCAAAUGCAUCUGCAUCAUCACAGGAGCCUCCAAGGGAUUUGGACGGGCUCUGGCACAUGAAGUGUCCUGCUUCCUGAUGUCGGGCUCUGUCCUCAUACUGGUGGCUCGCUCUGAGAAUCUGCUGCAGCAGCUGAAGGAAGAGCUGCAGAGCAUCACUGAGGAACAGCAGCUCGUGGUUCACUGCAUAGCUGCCGAUCUGAGCACGAAAGAGGGGCUGAAUGAGACAGUCAGGGUGGCGAGGCAGGAAGCUGUAAAUGAAAUAGACCACGUGCUCCUCAUCAACAAUGCUGCCUCUUUGGGUAACAUUUCUCAGUUUGCAACUUUCAGCGACCUCGAUGAGGUGAACUCCUAUCUGUCCUUCAACCUUAGCUCCUCACUGGUGCUGACUGCAGGAAUACUGCAGGUAUUUCCAUGCAGACCGGGCCUGCGAUGGACCGUAGUAAACGUCUCGUCAGUGUUUGCCCUGAAGGCCUUACCAUGCUGGGUGCUGUACUGUACAGCCAAAGCAGCCAGAAACAUGAUGUUCAAUGUGUUGGCUAAGGAGGAGCCAAAUGUCAAAGUCCUCAGCUACUCUCCAGGUCCCAUGGACACAGAGCUGCAGAAGGACAUACAGAGAUUAACAGGUGUCAUUAAUCAACUUUUGCCCUGCCAGGAGCCUGCAGCCAAACUGAUGAAACUUCUUCUGGACAAUGACUUCCCCUCAGGAGCGCACCUUGACUUUUUCACAGUGUGAUAUUAAUAUGAGAAAGGAUUCAAUUAAAAGUUACACAGCGAGGAAGAGGAUGUCAGAGAAAGCACCAGAACAAGGUAGAGACAGACACAUAGAUCAGCUCUGCUUCUGUCAAACUUCUCGCAGCUGUCCAGCGUCACCACACACUCUUGACGGACGGUAGCAACUGAGGGACAAAAAUAACAGAGACCUGGCAUCUACCAAUUCAUGAUUUGGGGGGAGGGGUGGUUGGGGAUUUCUGUGAGUUAAAAGGAGAAAAAAACAAGAAGUGUGACCCAACCAAAAUAAAUAAAAGCAUCUGAGAGAAC